UAAUCUCUCUUUUCCCGCUCCCUUUCUUGAAAUGACUUUGACAGGUUUCCGUGUUCCAUAUUCAUACACGUAUUAGAAAGUACCUCAGCCAUAUUUCCCUUCCCCUCCUGUUACCCUCCCCUUAUCAUGACCUGUAUUACAUUCCUGUUCAUUGUUUAGUGUAUGUUAGUCAUUUUUUUUUUUUAAAGAGUCAUUCUUAACUGUCAUGUUUAUGCUGCAGCAACAAAAAGUUCCCACAAAGUAGGAUGCUGCAGAGAUAAUUACCAGUUUGGGUCGUCAUAUUUUGCAUAUGCAAGACACUAGGUUGGGAGCUCUAGGAGACGCACUAAUUAAUUAAACUUAAAGUUUUGAAGUGAAAUUCAAGUCUGUAAAGGUUUUAAGCCAAAUUUUGAGUUGCUCUCGCUGUUCACUUGUGUACUUCUUUUCUAUAUCCUUUCUAUCAUCAAACUGCCAGCAGCACUGAGGAGUGAGGGAAGAUACCAAGUCCAUUUAAUACUGUGAGUUUAGGACUAUUUUCUAGAUUUUUGUACUUUCAGUUUUCCUUUUAUAACUGUUGGUUAUUUUUUAAUGACAUAGAUUUUCUUUUAUGAUCCAGUAUUAAUCCCUAAUCUGUUCUGUGCUCAUAUAACCAGACUUCAUGUUACUGCCCUUUGAAACACACUUAGAUUAUUGGGGUGAAUGUAUAAAAUCUGUUUACCUCUCAUCCUGCUUCCUGGUUAUAUCAGUCAAGAAGAUGUUUGCACUUGCCUCCUAGGCCUUUUUUCUUGGCUAUGCUUUUCUUUGCUUUUUCACUCUUUGGAUGAAACAAAUGCUGUAAUUCUUAUCUUUCUCUUAUAAUCCAGUUUUAUAUCAUUUUCCUAUUAAGCUUAUUCCAUUCCUAUAUUCUAAAUGAGGGUGUGCUGUUCUUUGGACUGUUUCCCUUAUCUAUAAUUGGUCAUGUUUAAUGAUUUGGGUUCUUUUUCUUUUUGGGAUGGUAGCAUUUAUUUAUAUGAUUUUAAAUCAUGCCAUGUUUGGGUUCUUACUGUAAGCAGGAACAGGCAGCUUGCUCCUACUGUCUCAUAGUCAGGCUUUUAAUCAUUGUCUUUAAAGGGUAGAGAAUUUUUAAGGCAAAGAAAACUGAGAUAAUCACAGAAAGAAGGUGAAAUCAUCAAAGUAAAUUCAGAGUAAAAGGAGUAGUAGGUAAAGACUCUGAGGGAAAGUUAAUGCUUCUUUCACAGUAAACCUGGCUAUAACUACUCAUGGCCAUCUCUUUUUUCUUAAUGUGUUUAUUGUGAUAAAAGUCUGGAAUGUAUAUCUAAUUAAAAAUUUAAAAAAAAAACUCAAAACUAUGGGUAGUUUUCUGAACAACUGACUUUUGAUUCUACUUUUUAAUUUCCCUUAAUAUUCACAUUUUUAUACUCCCUUGUUUUUAUUGUCACUUAACUUUAUAACCCUUUUAUAAAAUUGAGUGAUUUGUGAUUCAUUUCUCUGCUUUUCUUCCCACAAGCAAGUUGAAUUUAAUUCUGCCAAGAAAACUCUUAUGACAAGCCAAAAGGAAUGCACCCUCUUUCAUGAAGCUAAAGCUGUGUGUAUUUGUGGAUCAGACAAGUGCAGCAAGUUAAUAUCAUUGACUUCUGAAGGGGAGAGUGAGGUGAUGGCUUCGUUUAAGUUGGAUUUCCUUCCAGAAAUGAUGGUGGAUCAUUGCUCUUUGAAUUCCAGUCCCGUCUCAAAGAAAAUGAACGGCACCCUGGACCACCCAGACCAACCAGAUCUUGAUGCUAUCAAGAUGUUUGUGGGCCAGGUUCCAAGGACCUGGUCUGAGAAGGACUUGAGGGAACUCUUUGAACAGUAUGGUGCUGUCUAUGAAAUCAAUGUCCUAAGGGAUAGGAGCCAAAACCCUCCUCAGAGCAAAGGGUGCUGUUUUGUUACAUUUUACACCCGUAAAGCUGCAUUAGAAGCGCAGAAUGCUCUUCACAACAUGAAGGUCCUUCCAGGGAUGCAUCAUCCUAUACAGAUGAAACCUGCUGACAGUGAAAAGAACAAUGCAGUGGAAGACAGAAAGCUGUUCAUUGGUAUGAUUUCCAAGAAGUGCACUGAAAAUGACAUCCGAGUCAUGUUCUCUUCAUUUGGACAGAUUGAAGAGUGCCGGAUAUUGCGGGGACCUGAUGGCCUGAGCCGAGGUUGUGCAUUUGUGACUUUUACAACAAGAGCCAUGGCACAGACAGCUAUCAAGGCAAUGCACCAAGCACAAACCAUGGAGGGUUGCUCAUCUCCAAUGGUGGUAAAAUUUGCUGAUACACAGAAGGACAAAGAACAGAAGAGAAUGGCCCAGCAGCUCCAGCAGCAGAUGCAGCAGAUCAGCGCAGCAUCUGUAUGGGGAAACCUUGCUGGUCUAAAUACUCUUGGACCCCAGUAUUUAGCACUUUAUUUGCAGCUCCUUCAGCAGACUGCCUCCUCUGGGAACCUCAACACCCUGAGCAGCCUCCACCCAAUGGGAGGGUUAAAUGCAAUGCAGUUACAGAAUUUGGCCGCACUAGCUGCGGCAGCUAGUGCAGCUCAGAAUACACCAAGUGGUACCAAUGCUCUCACUACAUCCAGCAGUCCCCUCAGCGUACUCACCAGUUCAGCAGGGUCUUCACCUAGCUCCAGCAGCAGUAACUCUGUCAACCCUAUAGCCUCACUUGGAGCCCUGCAGACAUUAGCUGGAGCAACAGCUGGCCUCAACGUCGGGUCUUUGGCAGGGAUGGCUGCUUUAAAUGGUGGCCUGGGCAGCAGUGGCCUUUCUAAUGGCACUGGGAGCACCAUGGAGGCCCUCACCCAGGCCUACUCGGGUAUUCAGCAAUAUGCUGCAGCAGCGCUCCCAACUCUGUACAACCAGAAUCUGUUGACACAGCAGAGUAUUGGUGCUGCUGGAAGCCAGAAGGAAGGUCCAGAAGGAGCCAACCUGUUCAUCUACCACCUGCCCCAGGAGUUUGGAGAUCAGGACCUGUUGCAGAUGUUUAUGCCCUUUGGGAAUGUCGUGUCUGCCAAGGUUUUUAUUGACAAGCAGACAAACCUGAGCAAGUGUUUUGGUUUUGUAAGUUACGACAAUCCUGUUUCGGCUCAAGCUGCCAUCCAGUCCAUGAAUGGUUUUCAGAUUGGCAUGAAGCGACUUAAAGUGCAGCUCAAGCGUUCGAAGAAUGACAGCAAGCCCUACUGAGCGUGCUCCCCUCUGAGACUGGAGUGAGAGGGUCUUCUGGUAAGUUGGGGAGGAGCACCCUUAAAAUGAUUCGAAGCCCUAAGGCUGUGUGUUGACAGCCCUGGACCCUGAUCCCUGCCACUCUCGCAGGCACAGCUUGCCCUGAAGACUCAGCUACUGCCUUCUGUGGGAGUUUCGCUUCGUACAGAGGACAAGUUUGUGCUUUGGUUUCCAGUGUUUUACUUUGGAGUUUAGGUGCCAUAUCCUGAGUUGGGUUUUUUUGUUGUUUGUUUUUUUUGUUUUGUUUUGUUUUUAAAGUUUGCUGUGCUUGUAACCAGUGUGUUGAGAAGGACCAACACCAAACCACCCUGGUGGAGGGGGAAGAGGGAAAUGUUUAAAAAAGAUGAUCACAAUUUUCCCCAAACCACCCCAAGAGAAAGGACAAAGUGGAACAAAAAGUUGACCACCCCCCCGCCCCAGAAUCUCCCUGAGUGCAAGGGUGGGUGAAAUGAGAAUUAACAUCCAAGAGCUCCUGGGGUGGAGCAAACGCGUUGGCUGUGGAGGAGAGUGGGAGUGACUUGACUCCUGAUGCCUUGGGAACUGGAGGCGGAAACUCUUCCAUAGCUGUCUUCUAUGAAAAUUCUCAGUUUUUGCCACCUAUUUUUCAGAUUCUUGUCCUGGAUUUCUGCCCCUUUUUCCUAAAAGGGGUCAGCAAUUCUCUGGAAAUAUAGCCCCUCUUAAAAUAGUCUGACAUAUGCAAAAUGCAGAGAGACAUCACCCAUUACUGGCCUUGCCAUCCUACCAUUGGUAUUGGAUUGCCUUGCUUGGCUGGUGGCUAUUUUGGAGAAGCAGCCAAAGAGGUCAUUUUUUUAGUUUAUUUCAACAUCAAAUUAGGCCAUGGCCCAUUUCCAACAGCUCCCUUUAAGAAGGCCUUUAUGGAAGACAUUGCCUGAUUUACUUCCUUGAAGUUCACCACAGGAAGAAAUAUCACCUCCAUCCCAAGCUGCAAUUUUCUCAUGAGGGCAGAUCCAAGCAGCUCUUGCAGUAUGUAGCUGAAGGGGGCACUUCUCCUGGACAGGGUGAUCAAAAGCCAUCUAGCUGGGGGAGGAGGAGCCUGCUGCUUGGUAUACCUAAAUCUGAAAGUCCCUUCAAGCCAGGAUGCUGCAUUUAACAGUGGCCAGAAUUUGGUACUUAAGAAGAUGCAGAAAUCCACACCUGCCUCGUUGAUUGAGGUGUACCAAAGGUAGUGUUCCCACAGAGAUCUGGCAGGCCCUUCUAACCGCUCUAGCCCUAUCCUCUAGCCCUAUCUUCUGCCCUUGAGGACAGAGGAGAGUGCAGGACGUUUACAGCCUCCUUAUGGAUUUAGUGUUCAUUUACCUCAGUAUUACUGUAUUCGUUUUUGUCCUCGUGCUUAAAGUUAGCUCCCUGCUGCCUCCCACAGGUCUUACUCCAGCUCUUACCUGUGACCCACACAGCCUCUGGACUCUGCCUCUGUUCCAAAUGCAGUGGGGUGGAGAACCAGGAAUGACACGCUGUGGGAAUGUGCACCUGGGUAGAGGUAGUCCUGUUAGAAUAUGACUAUUACCACAGCCAGGGACUGGGUUACUGGAUUCCUGGAAGCUUAAACCUCACAAAUAUGAGUCCUGACCCUUAGCAGCAGAGAUCAAAAUAAAAGGGUUGGUUUGCUUUUAAGUCAGAUGAGGCUCUCUCCUUGUCAUGCUGUCCCUGUGGGUAUGACAUGCCCGUCUUGUUGUGCAGGUAGUUGUUGGGGUUGGAUUGUCCCAUCGAAGCUGGGACAGCUGUUCCCUUCUCAUAGUAAUAACUUGGGUGUGUUGUCCUCUAAGAAACGUCAAACAUACUUCUUGAGCUGAACCACGUAAACUUGAAUUCUGCACACUGAGAGAAAUGUGUCCUGUGUUUCAAAGGAUAAAACUGUUCUAAAGGCUUCCAGGGUCAUGAUGGGCUUUUUUUUUUUUUUUAAAU